ACGGUGAGUCGUCUUAUCAUUUUAUUUCCAGGUUCGGUGGAGAAGGAAGAGGCAACUAGCGAGGUGUUUGCUGCAGGUCGCAGGAGUUGUUUGGUUCUUGCUCCGGUAGUUCCGCCUCUCAACACGCCCUUGUUCUCCUAAUAAAUAUCGCUCACAGGGGCCAGUUUUCUGCUUCUCCCUCCCAAUUGCUACCAUCUCUAUCCCUGAUCGAGGUGUUUGGCUCUUCUAUUCUUCUGUUAGAAGACGAUGGAGACAGAUAUUGAUCAGCAAGAAGAGGCUUCAUUCAGCAACACAGAGACUAACGGUAAGCGCCCCGCUGAGGAUGCAGAUGAGCAGAAAUCAUUCAAGCGCUCCAGGAACUCGGAUGAGAUGGUUGAGCUUCGCAUCCUCCUGCAGAGCAAAAAUGCAGGAGCUGUAAUUGGGAAGGGUGGCAAAAACAUCAAAGCCCUGCGUACAGACUACAAAGCCAGUGUGUCAGUCCCAGACAGCAGUGGGCCUGAGCGCAUCCUGAGCAUCAGUGCAGACAUUGAAACUGUUGGAGAAAUCCUGCUGAAGAUUAUUCCAACAUUGGAAGAGUACCAGCAGUACAAUGGGAUGGAUUUUGACUGUGAGCUCCGUCUGCUGAUCCACCAAAGCCUGGCCGGUUCUAUCAUUGGAGUGAAGGGAGCCAAGAUCAAGGAGCUGCGUGAGAACACAAAGACCAGCAUCAAGCUGUUUCAGGAGUGUUGUCCCCAGUCGACAGACCGUGUAGUUCUGGUUGGUGGUAAAACGGAGAGAGUGGUGGAGUGUAUCAAGACUAUGCUGGAGCUCAUAUCUGAAGCUCCCAUAAAGGGCCGUACACAGCCCUAUGACCCCAACUUCUACGACGAAACGUAUGAAUACGGUGGUUUUACCAUGAUGUUUGAGGAGAGAGGGGGUGGACGCAGACCAAUGGGAGGUUUCCCAAUGCGCGGUAGCCGGUCCAGCCAUGGAGAGCGCAGCUUUGACCGAAUGCCCUCAAGUAGAGGGGGAAGGGGACCCAUGCCUCCGUCACGUCGAGAUUACGAUGAAAUGAGCCCCCGCCGAGGUCCUCCCCCACCACAUCCGAGUAGGGUUGGUAGAGGGAGUAGCCGUGGACGCAACAUGCCAAUGGGACACCCACACAGAGGAGAUGAUCGUUACUAUGACUCGUACCGCGGCUCAGAUGAGAGGUCAAAUGACAGAAGAGGCAGACCGGAUCGCUACAGCGAUAGCAUGAGUGGCGGAGGAUAUGAUAACAGUUCCUCAUGGGAUAGCUACCAGUCAGGUGGUCGUGGCUCCUAUAACGACAUGGGUGGCCCUGUCAUUACCACACAAGUGACGAUCCCUAAAGAUUUGGCUGGCUCUAUCAUUGGUAAGGGAGGCCAGCGGAUCAAACAGAUCCGCCAUGAGUCUGGGGCCUCCAUCAAGAUUGAUGAACCUCUGGAAGGUUCUGAGGACCGAAUCAUUACCAUUUCUGGCACCCAGGAUCAGAUCCAGAAUGCCCAAUACCUCCUACAGAACAGUGUGAAGCAGUACUCUGGUCAUUUGCUGUAGACCAAGGAGGCUCAAAGUGAAGAAGAAUGAGAUUGCCCCUCCUUCCUCAACCUUUCUGCCCUUCCCAGCACAUCACCUUCAGACUAUUCUGGAUUGUGGGUGUCUUUUGGUUUUUUCUUAAUCUUAUUUUUGUAUUUUUUAAUGAAAUAAAUGUCCAACAUUCCUGUGCAUAAGAGAAAAUGUAGAUGUUCUGCAUUUUUAAGAGUGUAAUCCAUUAGUUUAUCAGAUACACACUUGCUUUUUUCUAACACAGAUAACAAAUUAUCCUUCAGACUUUUCACAGAAAUAAACAUAACCUUUAUUUUUUGGAUGGCUUUGUGGUUUUUUUUGUUUUUGUUUUUGUUUUUUUAAAUGACGCAUGUGUGUUUGUGACUUGGUGGAAAUCUAUCUUUUGUGCGUACAUGUAAGCACAUGUCAGCGUGUGUGGGUUUGGUGUGCUUUCUGUAGUCUAUAUUGGUUCCUUCGCACCCAGUUGUACUACAUUACCACUCUGUGCAACAUGCAGAACGUAAGCUUAUUCUUUUUAUUUUAUUUUCGCGAGCUGUGGGGGACUUAACCCUUUCAGACUGGAUUUUUGGGAUGUUUAUGUUGGGAUUUGUGUGAAUAUAGCAGUUGUCUGAUGAAACAGCUGAAAUCUUUGAUUUUUUUUUUUUUCCUCACAAAUGGGGAAAAAUGUAGCUAGAAAUUUGUUGGCAUUUUAUUAGAACGUUGGAAGGAGAAGAGGGGGAAAAAAAAAAAAAAGGAUAUUGAACCUCAUUGUCCCUGCAGUUUCCUGCUCUCCAUGUGCCCAUGCUGUAGACUCCCCAUUUUCAAAUUAUAAGAUGAAUAAAGAUGAUGCCACUUUUUACUAAA